UUCUUUUUCAAGCUAUUAAACAACACCUCAGCACACAGCAGCAUGAUCUUCUCACUUCCAUUUUCAGUGAUUUUCUGUUUCAUUGGUGGAGUCAGUGCUUCAUUUAUAAACCAACCAAAGGCUCUUCAAGGAGUCCAGCUUGGAGAUUCUGUCACAUUAGAAUGCUACCUGCCCAAGAAAGACUUCAACAGCAUGCUGUGGUACAAGCAGGAGCUGGGCAGGAUGCCUCAACCUGUGGCAAAAUGCUACAACCGCCUGAAACAAGUCACAUAUUUGGACGGGUUUAAAGAUAGCCGCUUUAAUGUCACAACAGACGAAGACAUUUUUCACUUAUCAAUUUCACCUACAAGAAACGAAGAUGCAGCUACUUACUUCUGCGGUGUGAUAGCCCUGAAUGAGUUACGGUUCGGAUCGGGAACGCUUUUGAUCAUUGAAGGACUUCAGCUCAACCAUCACCAAAUCCACCAAGAUCCAGCCGUAGAUCUACUCUUCCCUGGAGAUAACGUAACUCUAAACUGCACUGUCGAGUUUGUAGAGCUAAAUUGUGCAGGAGAUCACAGUGUUUCCUGGUACAAAAAUGCAUCAGGAGAAUCUGAUCCAGGAAUCAUCUUCACUCAUGGAAACAGGAGUGAUCAGUGUAAGAAAAGCUCUGAGACUGUUUCUCCUACACAGAGCUGUAUCUACAAACUCCCCAAGAACAACCUCAGCCUCUCUGAUGCUGGAACUUACUACUGUGCUGUAGCUGCAUGUGGAGAGAUACUGUACGGGAAUGGAACUAAAUUAAAUAUAAUAGAUAUUAACCUUCCAGCGAGUGUCAGACCAACCUUCCUCAUACUCGUCUCGUCAAACAUAGUUUCAGUGUUGGUGAUGAUCAUCAUUAUUGUUUUUCGAUGUAAAAAACAGACACUUUCAGUUGGUUCUUCACAUUGUGAUACAGCUUCGGAUAAUCAGGCGGCAUGUGAUGAAGCUUUGAACUACGCAGCCCUGAGUUUCACCAGUAAACCACCGUCCUCCAGAGGCACUAGAAGACAACAGAUACUGCAGAAGACUGAGGUUUACUCCCAGGUCAAAUAUGAACAAUACUGAGCCUUCCACAGCUUAUAGAACCCCCUCCAUCUUCUAGCUGAUCAAAACUCCCAAAUCUCUGCAAAUCCUGUGCAUUUUUAUUACUGCAGUAUUUUAACACUUAUGAAGAUCAUUGCUGUUUUUUAAUCUGUAAAGAAAAAUUAUAAAUUAAUAAAAAUAAAUUCACAGUUCAGUGUACGUGUUGUCUUUAUGCAUGUGUGGGUCCAUUAUUAAUAGUGUAUUAACAA